AUGGAGGGAUUCAUUAACAAGGCCAAGGAGUUCGCCGGCUCGCAGCAGGGCAAGGACAUGAUCAACCAGUUUACUGGUGGAAACAAGAACCAGAACAACAACUCGUCUGGCUACGGCAACGACAACGACAACAGCUACGGCAACAACAACAACGACAGCUACGGCAGCAACAACCAGUCUUCGGGUGGCUACGGCAACUCGAACGAUAACGACAGUUACGGUAGCUCCAAUAACCAGUCCUCUGGCUUUGGAUCGUCCAACAACGACGACAGCAGCUACGGCAACAACUCGUCGUCCGGCGGCUACGGUGGCGGAAACAACUCGUCCUCUGGCGGCGGUUUCGGCUCGUCCAACGACGACUCGUCGUACGGCAACUCUGGCAGCGGCGGCUACGGUUCGUCCGGCCGCAACAACAACGAUGACGACAACUCGUACGGCGGCGGAAACAACAACUCGUCGUCGUUCGGCUCCAGCGGUGGUCGCGGCGGCAACAGCGGCGGCUACGGCAACGAUGACAACGACUCUGGCUCGUACGGCUCCUCGGGUCGCCAGGGCCAGAGCGGCGGCUACGGCGGCAACAACGACAACGACGACUCGAGCUUCGGCAACUCCGGUGGCCGAGGCGGUCAGUCUGGCGGCUACGGAAACGACAACUCGGACUCCUACGGUGGCUCGGGCGGUAACAGCGGCGGUUACGGCAACAACAACACCAGUGACGACUACUAG